UAUUAUAUAAUAAGAAUAAUAUUCAUGAAUUGGAAAACACUGUAAAAUUAUAUCAGUUAACUACUUCACUUAUCAUUUAGCGUGAUGAAGUAAUGCAUAACUUAUAUUUAGCUGUCAACGAAAUUAACCCUAGAACUAGGAGUAUCCCUUUUAGUGCCCAAAUCCUAAAAUAGGACGCUGGACAGUUGUAUGAGGAUUUCCAGCGUCCUAUUUUUAGGUUGUUUUGUAUUUAAACGAUUACAAAUAUUUACAGUAUUUAAAAUAAACAUCAAUAGUGUUUUGGAAUCACAAUAAAAUAAUCUUCUGAACUUCUCAAGUGAUUAUAUUUUGAUUUUUCUAGGGAAAUAAUGGAAACUUCACAGUUUGAAUGUGCUGCUUCCUUGGAGUGUAUUCCACAAGAAGUUAUAGAAAUCAUCGCAGCUACUCUAUCUGUCGAAGAUUUGGUAGCUUGUUGUGGUAUCAGUCGCAGAAUAAGAGAAGUGUUUGGUAGUGACAACCUAUGGAAAAAACACUGUGACCCAGAACUGGCAGAGUAUUUAAGGACCACCCCUUGCAGUGUAGAGCCACCAUUUGUCAGCCCAGAGACUGAGGACUGCACACUAAGUCCUAUCGGAUGCUGGAGGUUAGCUUUCAUGAGAGAGAACCACCUUUGGAACAACUGGAGACAAGGAAAGUACAAGAAAGAAAAGAUGCAGAUGUUGUCUGGAUUGAAAAAUGUCCCCACAACUUUCCCCAUAAGGCGGUUUAUAACAAAUGAUUCUGUUCUUUCCCUUUCUUCAGAUGUUUUGGAAAUCUUUGAUGUAAAAGAAUUCCCUUUUAAAGAAGUGGUUCAACCAAUAUCUCUCCCAGUUAAUGCAUCAUCAUGUGGAUGGAAAAUAGAAGUAAUGGACAAUAAAAUAGUAGCGAUCGCCUUAUCCAAUGUUCAAAUCUAUGAUUUAGACUACACCACGGGACUUCAUUCUCUUGAACAUACGUUUUUCUUUGAGGAAUCAGAAAAACUGAACAUUAAAGAUGUCACUGUAUUGAAAAGAGAAUUUGAAGCAAGGCAUAUAAUGCCAUUGUUUAGAGGAUUUCGAAUUGUUGAGGGAAAAUUCUUUGUUGGAGCACUGCUUAGGGAAUCAACAUUGCAUAUAUGGAAUUUAGAAACAGGGAUAAAGUUAAAAGUAGAGGAUUGUCCAACACUACAUGUCACCGAUAGUGUUAAGGGUUCUGGUACAAACAAUUUGAUCAUGUCAAUUAGAAGGUCAGAUACAGACUCAACUACCUUUGUAGCUUACAGUUUAACUAGCUUAUCUUUUCUUCCAUUCAGAAUUGUAAAAGAAGGUCUAUUUCAAUUUGUCGUUCACAAGGAACACAUUGGAAUACACAGUUAUGAUUUCAUUGAGGUCUAUGAUUACCUAACCUCAGUGUUACUUAUCAGUUAUCCCACUAAUGAUAUUCAAUUUCAGAACCAUGCAAUCCAUCCUCAAUUUCUUGGUGAUAACCUCCUCUUUGUUAGUGACACAGUUUUGAAACUGUUUAACCCUGUGACCAAAUCUGUUCAUCCAUGUUUGGAAGGCAUUAAAUGGUUUAGAGCUAUUUCAAAGAAGUUUGUCCAGGUCAUCAUCCAUAAUGGAGGUCUUAAAAUAUAUGAAAUCAAUUUUCAGAAUCACGUAUUUAGAAUUAGAGAUUUAAAGUCUUUAGGAGAAAGUUUUACCUAUCUUGCUGACUUCCAAAAUGCUGGGUUAUGUAUUAAUCAGUCAUCAACAAGAUAUUAUUUACAAGUACACAGAAUAAUGGGCAUAAUACUCAAUUUUUGGUGAGUAGAUGUACAUGAUUUCUAUAUUGUUUGAUAUUUUAUUUUUAGACAUGAUUAAUUCUGUAGCUAAAAACUAAUAGCAAAGCAACUAUCAAUCAACUAAUCAAAAAUUAUUUACAUAACUAUCACUCAUUUAUGGCGAAAAUAGAAAAUAGCAUAUACAUAUAGAUGUGCAACCACUCAGAAUGACUAUGAGCUUUUAUUUUAUAACAAAUUGCAAUACAUUAUUAGCUGCAAAAUGCGCACACAGGAUUUGUCUGUAGAUUUUCUAAAAAUAAGCAUAAUUUUGCAUUAUGCAACAAAAUAAUAAAUAGCAGAAUUUUCCUUAAAUUGCUAUGAAAUGGAUUUUUCUACAGCCAAGAGGAAAAAUUAAUAAUUUUUCACAUGUUAACUCAACAUGAUUUAACAGACAAGAAAUCCAAAAUUGUAUUAACUAAGAAAUAAAUAACAUUUCAGUAGAUGUACCACAACUGGUAUUAUAAACCACUCAAUAACAACAAUAAUAUAUCUAAUAGAUAUUUAUUAAUACUGUAACAAAAACAUAUAUGCAAAAUAUUAGUAGUAAACGUAUCAAAGAAAUAAAUAACUGCACAAUUAAAUGUGUUGCUAAAAUUUCUUUCUAUAAGGCAUUGCUAUAAUAUAUCAGUAAUAUUAAUACUAAUAUUUUUAAAACUCUGAAACUUUACGAUUUUGUACCUAAUUUUAAUGAAGAAAUGUUGAUUUAAAUUUGUUGAAUUCCAUAGGCACCAUAUUUGUAUUACACUUUGUGUACUCAUUUCAAAAUGGUAAAGUUGAAAAUGUUCAAAUUUAAAUCUCUUUAGACGGAUAAAAAUAUAAAUAUUGGUAUUUAAUAAUAUAUAUACAUAUAUAUAUUUUACAAAAAAAUUAUACAUUUAAAACAUUGAAAUUAGAUCAUUAUUAAAGGAGAUAUGAGCUAUUAACUAACAAUUGUCACAUUGACAAGAAGAAUGCUGGUGCAAAUACUUGAGUUUAGCUUAUUUAAAUGUGUAAGUAAACAUACAAAUGUUCAUAAUAUGCCAUCAUAUCUUUUUCUUGUAUCAUUUAUCUCCCUCAAUAAAAUUCUGAUUUAUUGUUUUUGGUAUCAAUGGUUUUUUCAUAAAGUAUUUCAUAUUUUUUGAUUAUAACUAGUUUUGAUUAGUUUCAUUACAAUGUAAAUUAUGUAAAUUAUAUUACCUACAACAAUGAGUUAACAAAGUUUGGUUGUAUCUUAUUCAAGACAUAACAUUUCAUUAGUAAAAAGUAUGUAAUGGCAGGUAACAGCUAGUCUGAACAAAACUUUAAAAUGUUGCUGUUUUGAAUUAUUAAAAAACAAAAAAAUGAAAAUAGUUUCCUUGAUAUCUGGACUUCAGUAUUUUAGUGGCUGCCAUUUUCAAAUAGAAGAAGAUAAUUUUACAAAGUUUUAGUAUAGUAUCAGCAGUCUUCAAUAAUAUAAUAGAUAUCUAACCAAAAAAAAACAAUGUAAAAAAUAUUUUGUUAUGUUCACUCACUUUAUAAACCAACAAUAAUAUAACAUGUAAAAAAGUCAAUAAUGAUAACAAAUCAAAUUACAAAAUGAUAAAUUAAUAUAGUAUUAUUAUUGGAAAUCUACAUCUGUCAUACAGUCUAAUCAGGGUCUCCUCCACUUCAGUAAUUUAGCGUGGGAUGUUAUAUUUACAAUAGUAGUUGAUCCAGUUUCACUUAACAUUCAAAAAUGUUCUACUAUACACUUAUUUAUUGAUUGUUGACAAUGGUUUGAAUACCUCAUUGUGUACUCUGCAGUAGCUGUAGAUGCUUCACCAUUGUUAAUUCUAUAAACAAAAAUAGGGGACAUUUUCUGCUAAUCUAGGAUGGCUUAGAUUUCUUCUUCAGAUGGUGUACUGGAAGAUUUUAUAAUUUACUAUUUCUGGUAUCGUAAUGGUGGAUAUUCCUGUUUCUUAGCAGAUCUUCUCCAUCAGCAUAGGCUACAUUACAACUUCUAGGAUGCAUAAUUCUUUGUCAUACUUUUCAAAGAUUUGGAUGAAUCUGCAACUUUCCAGGUGGUGUAGCCUUUUUAGAACUCUGACAGAUUUUUUCUGGAUAAUCAGAACUCUUUUUAGAUUUGUUGCUGAUGUACUUCUCCAUGCAGCAAUGCUGUAUCUUAGAUGGAUUUCAAUAAAAGAGAAUUAGGCCAAUCUAGCUAUGUCACUGUUGCUGAGGGAUGCGAUUUGUUUUAUCAUAUACAGACUAGUAUUCAAUUUUUGUUAAGAGUAUCUGUGUGUGGUGUCUACAUCCUAUUAUUAUCUAUAGUCAGAUCCAGGAACUUAACUUGUAACUCCAUUUGUACAUCAUGAAUGAUUUGAACUUCAGAUACUUGUUUUCAAAAUGCUGUCCGACUGGUUUUAGUUGGAUUUGUGACCAGGUUGUUCCAUUGCAGUAUUGAUAACAUAAAAUGACAUUGGUAUGUCGUCUGAUGAUGGUCUGUUUAGUAGUAUAGUUAUAUCAUUGGCAUACAUUAUGGGGAGUCGUUAACAAAUAUAAUUAAGAAUGCUAGUCCAAGCAAAGAUCCUUGGGGCACCUUAGAACUGGGAGAAGUUUUGAUUGUAUUUCUUCGACCCUCCAUAUAGCUUUCAAGCCUCUCUCAUAUGUGCAAAUUUAUCUUGGGGAUAAGUUUAUGACUUUAGUCAAUUUAAAAAUAAGCAUUGUUGUACCAAAUAUUUGCUUAUACCAAAGCAAAUUCUAAUUAUUGAUUAUAGUACAGUAUGAUGUCAUUGGAUUACAUUAUUGACAAACUUGAUAAAUGUUUAAACCUACCUACUUUAUUGUAUUCCUAAAUAGUAAGGUUAUGUAGAACAUUGUACAUAUUUUAUUAAAUAUUAUGUACUAGUAUAAGGUUCAGUAUACAGGAAAUUUGGUAUUAAAAUUUUAAAACUGCAACACAAUAAUUUGAUUGGUCACACACAUAACCAUUGUUUGUGUUAUACUUAAUGACACUCACAGUAAUGUUAAGUCUUAGUACAGUAAAUUAAACAGUUUUUUAAAUAAAAAGUACAUUUCUAUAAAAUAUUAGACAGAUGGAAUAUAAAACAUUUUUGGACAUUUGUUCAAAAAACAUUUUCUUGUUUAAAUAUCCUGAACUGAUUUCUGAAAUAUUGGUCAAUCAUAAUGAGAUAGACACCCUGUAUAUUCAAAAUCGUUUAAAAGUAUGUCGGCAAAUUUCGUAAAUUAGUUAAAAAAUAUUAAAACUAGGAAAACGUUUUUAUAAAUAAAAGUUUUACAAUUUUAUAUUUUGUCUGUUUUUUACCUUAUAGAGGUUUUAUGUACAACUGUUAAACUUAUACAUAUGCUAUACAGGUACUAUAACUUAAAAUAUAAUAGAAAUUUUCACGUCAAGGUUCAAAAUGGUGAACAGUUAGAGACGUUAAUUUUAAAUUUCACCAAUACCUCAACCUGUAUAAAAGCUUUAUAUAUAUAUAAAUAUGCUAAAUUUUUACCAUAAGUGUUUUAAUACACAAAGUGUGGAACCAUACAAAAAAUAAAUAAAUAAUUUUGUUCCCAUUUUAUUCAGACCUGUUACACAGUUAUGCAUGAAAUUCUCAAUUACUAAAUUUAAAUUAGUGAAUAAAACAGGAUACCAAACAUCAUGAAGACAUUACAUUAAAUUCGUUAAAUGCACGAAAAUAAAGAAAUUAUAUAACAUCUUGAAUGUUAAAGUGAAUGUCUAUUAAUUUAGAAAAUAAUUUUUAUGAAUAUGGUUGAACUCGUAUUACAUACUUCCAAACCGCUUCCAUCACUAAAAAGCAUGUGUUCAUGACAUUUUUAGUUAGAAAACAACUAUAUCGUAAAAUGUAUAAAUGGAGAGAUAAAGAUAUAUCUAUCUGUGUACUGUAUCAAUACAUAUUUUUCUGAUUUGUAUACAUAAAUAUAUUUAAAAGCAGAAAAACAAUUGGAAUUAAUAAUAUUAUUUUCGAUAGUUAUGUUAUAGUACUUCUAGGAAAUUAAAGUUACCUCAGCUGAUUGCCAGAGGUUUUUUUAAAAGCUGUUCUUAUUUAUGUGUGCAUUUCUUAAAGUCUUUUUAAAGCUUGGAACACCCCCUAAUGUAUUAAAUAGCUCUUAAUUAAUUUAAAUUUACUUCAUCACACUGUGUUCUUUAUUAAAAAUCUGCUUUAAACAACA